UCAAAAGUGUAAUUAAAUAGUCUAUAUGUGUGAAAUCGAGUUCACCGCCCAUUACUGCCAUGUGUUGACAGCUUCACGGCACAGAUGAUUUUGUUGGAGAGGGAAGUUCACUCACAUAGUAAUAUGUAUGGUGUGCAUACGCAACGUUGAAUCGACGAUAUUUUUGACAUAAAAUAUUAUAAUUACUCUAAAGUCAAGUGUUGUGUUACACGAUAUCUACAAUUAAUAAAAGCUGCGUAUUUAUCCGUCACUUUAAAGUUACCUCCCCCCCAUUUGCUUUGCCAAUUGGACUUUCCCACCGAGCGGAAGUUUUCAUAGAGCUACUUCCGGGUCGUUGUCACGGACGCUUGCUGUCCCGGAAAUAUCCACAAUAACUGGAUACCAUGCAGCACUGAUUGAUUAACGGGAAUAUCUGAUGGAUCGAUCAAUUUGAAAGAUAAAUGUCAGAAAUAAGUGGCUGCAGAUGACGCUGUUCAUAUUGUGCCAACCUAUAAAGGAUUCACACUUCACCGAGAGAAGAGUAUAAAGAUGUUAUGACAGUUCUUCCUCCCUGCAGAGCAGUAUGGAGUGGCCUGGGGAUUUUCCUGAAGACCAUGCCUUUGUUGAGCUGGUGGUUCCAGGGGUUUCCAGUGAGCUGGACUUUGAACAGCUUCUAAAGGACACAGAGGAGAAACUCAGACUCAAUGCCAACAGCAUUGAACAGCAGCUGAUGGAGCUUCAGGCCAAAAUGGGAGACUCCCGGACAGGGGAACGUCCGCCCAGCCCUACAGAGUGCCUGCAGUGGUUCAACCUCAGAAUGCCCAAUAGUCUUAGGCCUGUUACCACAGGGCAUCAAGAGCUCAUGGACUUCUUCAAAAGCUUGCAACAUUACCUGAGGUCUGAAGAAGAGGGGAGAGAGGAGGUGACGCUGCAACUAUUGCUGAAUCUGUCAUCCCAGUGUGGUGUCUGCUUCCCUUGUACCCCUUCUUCUUCCUCCUCGUCUUCCUCUCACCAUGCUCAACUAAAUGCCUCCUCCGUCCACUUGUUACACACAGUCAGAGAUGACUCUUCAUUCAUGAUCCAGGAGGCGUGGGAUGAUGUGCGUCUCCAGCUACGCCGCUACCUGCUGGACCGACUGUCUUCCCGCAGCCCAGAGAGUCCUGGGCCCAGACUAAUUUCCGCUCUGUCCAUCACUGAACGAAUCCACUGCCUGCAACAGCUUUGCUUUCUUUACCCUGAGUCUGAAGUGCUCACACAUUACCAGGGCCUAAGAAGCCAAUCUGUGGUGGUUCUUCUGCAGUCUGCCCUGAGCUCCAGCCCAGGCAGUGAGACUGGCUUUGACAGACUAACUAUGGGCUUCCGCUCUGUGGUCCCAGCUCUAACCCAAGCCCUCACAGAGGACCUCCAUGUCCUUCCAAGACUAGCAGAGCCGCACACCAUCCUGGGUUUCCUUAAUGCAGCCUACCUCAGCACUGUGGCUCGGGAAUUGGCCUCCACGGUGGAGAGAGAAUCUGAGACGGCCCUGAGGGACAAUACCACCCUCAGCAGCAAGAUCAAGAAAUACUCAGCCAGGUCCCGGGCAACCGUAGCGCCAAUGGAGCUUCCCAUGAAAAGCAGAAGCUUCAGUUUGACCUCCCACCAGUUGAGGGCGUUAACCCAUCUGGCCUGCACCUUGCUGGGGUUUGAGAGCAAUAUAAAGGAGCUGGUCACUAACAUGACCUUCAUUAAUUGCACAGGAGAGACUCCCUGUGUAAAAGGGAUCUUGAAAAAGACUAGGGAUCUUGAAAAAGACAAGAAAUCCACAGCGGAAACACUUCUCCACACAUCAGAGGUUCUGGAGUUUGAAUGGAGGUCAGCAUUUAAGGGGCUGGUCCCUCACAUGGCGCACUGUGUUAAAGUGGUGCUGGAUGAUGUUUGUACCAAGAGUCUACAGCAGGAAGAGGCCUUAUAUUCUUCAGGAGACACCUUAAUCACCCUGACCGUCACUGCAAGCAACAGACAUCUCAGAGAAGACUCCUUCUACAACUACCCAGAGAGCGAGACUCCCAAAAUGAUAGUCAAGUUCUGUGGAGCAAUCAUGGAGGAGCUGGAUGCCUUACUGCCCUUGGCAGCAGCCUGCAGGGACAGCUCUCUCCUGGAGGUGCGAUCAAGCUUCGUGGAGGCGUGUGGCAGGGCAGCGUUUGCCAUGUUGGGACGUUUAGAGGAGAGGGCCCUGGAGGUACCAGCCUCUGCACCUCUGAAGAACCUCCCUGCUCUUCUGGCAACUUGCAUUUAUGUGCACCAACGACUGGAGCACUACCAUGCCAGGCUGAAGGAUUCAACUACUACUUUAGCUAAAGUACCCCUGACCCUGCUCCCUAUCCAGAAGUACCAAGAUAUAAUUCAGGCCUUGAGAGACCAGCUGACCAGCUACUGUAUCCAAGUUUGUUCCACCUGCAUUCUUCAGGACGCAGAGAGCCACCACUGGGCUGACCCCAAGCCCUUCUACGAGGGCGAGCGCUGUUCCUUCUCGGUGCAGAUGUGGUUCUACUUCCUGUGUGGGCUCCGUAGCGACCUCUGGGCUAUCCUUCCAGCGGAGUUGGCCAAAGAGGUGCUCGGCCAGGUGCUGUCAGAGACCUUACAGCUGCUGGUGCAAAGAUAUGCCAGGGCCCAGCCUUCAUACAAGAGACACCUGCAGAUCAGAUGUGACAUUACGACGGUGUUGCUGUAUGUGGAGCAGCUUUUGUGGAGUGUGUGUAAAAGUCCUGAGGCCUUGAUGCACUCCGACCCCUCUUCAGCAAUUGCCAUAAUAGCGGGCGGAUCAGACUGGCCUUACCAAAUCCAAAGCCUGUGUGACCAACUCCUGACAGUCCUCGUCAUUGUCACAGCACCCCUAUCUUUGCUGUACAGGACAUUUCUGAUUAAUCCUGCAAAGGAGUCCAUGCCACACCAGCCUGACAGCCCUCUUGUCCACUGGCUAAAUGCUAUAGACCCUGACCUCUUCACAGAGCAGGCCAUACGAGAUGGCCUUACGGGCCAGACGGCCUCUGCAUGUCAGCUGAGGCUGCUGACUUCUGACCCAGGAAGAAAUCCCGGGUUGCUACUGCGAAUGCUGCUUUACAGAGAUUGUCACCUGCCCCAAAUACUCCUGGAAAACUCUUAUUUUUGCCAGGAGAGUGGCUUAGAAGUGUCUACAGAGAAUUGCAAGGCGGGAGAUGACUUCAUAGUCGCAUUGUUCAACAUAUUCACUUGCCUGAAUAAUGUUCCCAAGGCCUUGACUCAGGCCCUUCAACCAUACCUAGAGAGGGUUUGCAUAUGGGGACAUCUCUAUACAUUGGCAGAAACAACACGGAGUGUACCUGUAGUGAUCAGCUGUGUACGGGAAAUAGUCACCAAGUCUACCAACAGCCUCCUGGUACACCUAGUUUCCAUGGUGAUGGGUUGGCAGGCCACAGAGGAGCCCAGUGGAGCCACGUUCAAGCAGGAUGUACCGGAGAGUGUCCUGGCUAAAGUACCCAAGGAGUGGAACUACACAUCACUGGAAGCACGAGGAAAGGAGACUGCUUCUAAGUCUGUCAUAUCUUUAGCCAUUCAAGCCUUAUCCUUCAUUUUCACCAACCUGCCCUUGGUUGUAGCAUCCUUGCCUCUCCCCAUCCGCUACCUCUUCCAAGUGGCAGAGAAGCACCUCUCCCAGCAUAGCCGGCAGCUGCGCUUAGUGGGCCUGUUGCUCUGGGCCCUACUAAACUGCCUGAUCCAGGGCCUGGAGGACCCAGACACAAUAGAACAGAUCAGUGGGCUGGCCCUGGACCGUGGGGCAAAGGACCGCCUGGCCCUGCUGGCUGAGUGCCUGCAGGCUUCAAUGGGCAUUCAACAGAAGGGUGUUCCCAAACCCACAGUGCACAAAGUGCUGCAGGCUCUGGAGGAAAAAAGACCCAAAUGGACAAACAUGCAGCUGCAGAAGGCCCGCAAACUUUGCUCAGACAGCGUAUUUGAGCGAGGAAGGGAGAGUGGAGUCGCUGCAGCUGAACUGACUGAGCAGAAAAUAGGCCUGAUGCUGCUGGAGGUCUGCCACAAAGCAGGUGGCAGGGACUACCUGAGGCAGAUCUAUCACAUCAUCCAAGGCAAUGAGGAACUGCUGAUGUCUAAACUGAGUGGAGAAACAGACUCACCCGAUGAUCCUCCUCACUUGGUGAACUUUGACCUUGGCUUUAAUGGUCAUGUGGGCACUACCUGUUUCAACCCGCUCCACCAAUUUGAGCAUAUUGGCAAAAAGAAGCUGGAUCAGAGUGCUGUGGUUGACUGGGCAUGGGACUGGCCAAGGCUGCUGCCAGCCUUUCAGGGCAUGAGUCAGGUCACCUUCAAAACUCUGCUGGCUAACAGGUGGGAGAUGGAGGAUGGUGCAGAGCUGGAAGAUGGAGAGAAAGCUAUGGUAGAAGAACUUCAAAGAGCCUAUUUUGUUUGCCACUGCAGCCCGGGACUGCAGGACCCUGCUGAAGCUGAUGAGACAGUGGCAGAACAGACCCAGGAGGGACCGCAAACAUCCGAUAAAAGCGCUGCCCAAUAACAGCCCAAGCAGUUGGAAUUUUUAUCAUGUUGUAAAUGUUUACUUGUAAUACACACUCGCAGCUCUCAAGGUAUUAGAGUGUGUAUGUUUGUGUGUGUGGGUGUGAGUGUGUGUGCACAUUUGUAGGUGUAAUUGGGUUUGUGCAUAUGCUGUAUGCUGCAAAUUUGCAUAUGUGUAUGCAUGAAAACAUGAGUGAGAGGACAAGAAACUGCGUAACAACAAAAAGAGUGAGGGAGUCGGCGCCUCCUUCUUUAUGCACACCCCUCAGACAAACUCUCUGUGCUUUUCUAUGCUGCAUCAGACGCAUUUCAUCUUUUUGGAGCACAUCUCCAGAAAUCAGUUCUGGGAAAUGGAGAGCCUGGAUUUGUUUGCCUGGGACAAGAUGGGACUGUGUGAUCAUCAUAGGUAGUUGAAGUUUUUUUUUUUUUUUUUUUUGAGGCAGUGAAUGUAAGGACAUUGGUGUCAGCAUACUUUCUCCUGGUUCCUGAAAGCAAACAUCAAAUAUUACGGUUGGGAAGCAAGAUGAUGUAUGUUUUGAUUGCAGUGUGUCCCAAAAAUCUGCCCCACUAUGUAAUAUCAGUCAGUAUUUUGUGCAAACUGAGAAAACAUUUAUUUUAUGUGUAAUACGAUUGCUCAGUAUAUUUUUCCAAGUUUGUCCGUGUUUUGUUAUUCAUGAGAUGGAGAUGGAAUGUUCUAGAAUUAAACAUGAAAAUAAAAUCAUAUAUUCUCA